AUGGAGAUGCCGCUUCCCAAAGCGCUGGCGAAAAGGCAAGUGACCGCCAUUAUUUUCCUAUUACUGUUGUGGGAGGCGGGCAGUGCUACCAUUAAAUAUUCCCUUCUAGAAGAGAGAGACAGCGGCUUUUUUGUGGCCAACCUAGCAAAAGAUCUGGGGCUAAGUGUAGGGGAGCUGGCUGCGCGGGGAGCCCGGAUUCUUUCCAAAGGGAACAGACAGCAUUUGCAACUCGAACAGAAGAGUGGGAAUUUGCUCCUAAAAGAAAGAUUGGAUCGGGAGGAGUUGUGCGGUGACACGGAUCCAUGUAUAUUGCAUUUCCAGGUAUUACUGAAAACUCCAGUGCAGCUUAUUCAAGGUGAACUACAGGUCCAAGAUGUAAAUGACCAUGCCCCAGAAUUCUUGGAAAAUGAAAUUCUCCUAAAAAUCCCUGAAAGCAGCCAUCCAGGGACUCCGUAUCCUUUGAAUAUAGCUCAAGAUUUGGAUGUAGGUAGCAACACCGUUCAGAACUAUAUAAUUAGCACCAACUCCCAUUUCCACCUUUUCACCCGCAAUCACAGCGAUGGCAGGAAAUACCCAGAGCUGGUGCUGGACAAAGCCCUGGACCGAGAGGAGCAGCCUGAGAUCAGGUUAACCCUCACUGCCAUGGACGGUGGGUCACCGCCCAGGACUGGGACUUCCCAGGUUGUCAUCGUGAUCCUGGACAUUAAUGACAACGCCCCUGAAUUUCCUCAGAGGCUCUAUGAAGUGCAGGUUCCGGAGAACAGCCCUAUAGGUUCCCCUGUCAUCACUGUCUCUGCUAGAGAUUUAGAUGCUGGGACCCACGGGGAGCUCUCCUACUCAUUUUUCCAAUCCUCAAAUCAAGUCAUUCAGGCCUUUGAAAUAAACACAGUCACGGGAGAAAUUAGAUUAAAAAAAGUGUUGGAUUUUGAGGAAAUUCAAUCUUACCGUAUGGAAAUCGAGGCCUCAGACGGUGGGGGUCUUUCAGGAAAAUGCACCGUAGCCAUAGAAGUGAUGGAUGUGAACGACAACGCCCCUGAACUGACCAUGUCUUUACUCAUCGGUGAUAUCCCGGAAAACUCCCCAGAAACUGUGGUUGCUAUUUUCAGAAUUUCAGAUCCAGACUCUGGGGACAAUGGAAAAAUGAUAUGUUCCAUCCAAGACCAUGUCCCCUUCCUUCUAAAACCUACCGUAGAAAAUUUCUAUACCUUGGUAACAGAAGGGUCGCUGAACAGAGAGAUGAGAGCUCAGUACAACAUCACCAUCACCGUCAUGGACUUGGGGACACCCAGGCUAAAAACUGAGCACAGCAUAACCGUGCUGGUCUCCGACGUCAAUGACAACGCCCCCGCCUUCACCCAAACCUCCUACACCCUCGCGGAACCGCUCCGGUAUUUUGUGGCGGAGGAAACUGAGAGAGGCAGUUUUCUCGCUAACCUAGCAAGUGACCUAGGGUUGGGGGCGGGGCAACUGUCAGCCCGGGGAUCUAGAAUUGUUUCAGACCAGAGCAUACAAUUUUUACUGCUCAAUCUGCUUACUGGUGACUUACUUCUAAAUGAAAAAUUGGACCGAGAGGAACUGUGCGGCCCCACAGAGCCCUGUGUGCUGCCUUUCCAGUUGUUACUAGAAAAGCCUUUUCAGAUUUUCCGUGCUGAACUAUGGGUCAGAGAUAUCAAUGAUCACUCGCCAGUAUUUCUAGAUACAGAGAUUCCCUUGAAAAUAUUAGAAAGUACCACUCCAGGGACAGCAUUUCUUCUAGAAAGUGCACAGGAUUCGGAUGUUGGAAACAACAGCCUGCGUAACUACGCCAUCAGCCCUAAUGCUUAUUUCCAUAUUAAUGUCCGUGAUAGCGGGGAGGGGACUAUCUAUCCGGAAUUGGUAUUGGAUCAAGUACUGGAUCGUGAAGAGAUACCUGAGCUAAGUUUAACCCUCACGGCCGUGGACGGCGGAUCUCCGCCCAGGUCGGGGACAGCCCUUGUGCGCAUCCUGGUGGUGGACAUAAAUGACAACGCCCCUGAAUUUGUGCAGUCUCUCUACAAGGUGCAGAUGCCCGAGGACAGCCCAAUUGGCUCCAGGGUUGUCGCGGUGUCCGCUAGAGAUUUAGAUACCGGAAGUAAUGGGGAAAUAGUCUACGCAUUUUUCUAUGCCACUGAAAGAAUUCUCAAAACGUUUCAACUCAACUCAACAUCUGGCAGUCUUCAUCUUAAAGGCGAAUUGAACUAUGAGGCAAUUCAAACUUACACACUAACUAUUCAGGCCAAAGACGGCGGAGGGCUUUCUGGAAAAUGUACUGUGGUGGUUGAGGUAACAGAUGUAAAUGACAAUCCGCCAGAGCUGCUCAUGUCAUCAUUUACUAGUCCAAUUGCAGAAAACUCGCCUGAGACAGUAGUUGCUGUUUUUAGGAUUAGAGACAAAGAUUCAGGGAACAAUGGAAAGAUGGUGUGCUCCAUCCACGACGAUCUCCCCUUCGUCCUGAAACCGUCCGUGGAGAAUUUCUACACUCUAAUGACAGAGAAACCUUUGGAUCGAGAACGAAACACUGAGUACAACAUCACCAUCACCGUCACCGACUUGGGGUCACCCAAGCUAAAAACAGAGCACAGCAUAACCGUGCUGGUCUCCGACGUCAAUGACAACGCCCCCGCCUUCACCCAAACCUCCUACACCCUGAGGGACAGGGCGGCCUCGGGGGGUCGCUGCUCGGUUACUGAGGGCCACUUUCCUGGCCACCUGGUGGAUGUCAGCGGCACCGGGAGCCUAUCUCGGAGUUACCAGUAUGAGAUAUGUCUAACCGGAGGCUCAGGAACCACCAGUGAGUUCAAGUUCCUGAAACCAAUUAUUCCCAACCUCUUACCCCAGAGCACAAGGAAGGAAGUGGAAGAAAAUCCCUCAUUUCGGAAUAAUCUGCUCAAGGCCACGGAGCCCGGGCUGUUCGCCGUGUGGGCGCACAACGGCGAGGUGCGCACCGCCAGGCCGCUGAGCGAGCGCGACGCGGCCAAGCACAGGCUGCUGGUGCUGGUGAAGGACAAUGGCGAGCGUCCGCUGUCUGCCAGCGUCACGCUGCACGUGCUCCUGGUGGAUGGCUUCUCCCAGCCCUACCUGCCGCUCCCGGAAGCGGCCGCGGACCAGGCCCAGGCCGACUCGCUCACCGUCUACUUGGUCGUCGCCUUGGCGUCGGUGUCCUCGCUCUUCCUCUUCUCGGUGCUGCUGUUCGUGGCGGUGCGGCUGUGCAGGAGGAACAGGGCGGCCUCGGGGGGUCGUUUCUCGGUGCCUGAGGGCCACUUUCCUGGCCACCUGGUGGAUGUCACGGGCACCGGGACCCUGUCCCAGAGCUACCAGUAUGAGGUGUGUCUGACCGGAGGCUCAGGGACCAUUCUGCAGAACCACCCUCACAGGAGGCUGUAUCGAACAAUGGAGCCCAGCGGGAAGCUCAUUUGCAGACAAAGGCAAGUCCUGUUUUCCUUUCUUCUCCUUUUGGUCUUAUCUGUGGUGGGCGCGGCGGCACCUAGGCGCUAUUCUGUGUUGGAGGAAACUGAAGGCAGUUCCUUUGUAACCAAUUUAGCAAAGGACCUGGGUCUGGGGCAGAGGGAACUCUCUAGGCGAGGAGUUAGGGUCGUUUCCAAAGGCAACAAACUACAUUUGCAGCUUGAUCAGGAGACAGGAGAUUUGUUGCUAAAUGAGAAACUGGACCGCGAGGAAUUGUGCGGUCACACGGAGCCCUGUGUGCUACGUUUCCAGGUGUUGCUAGAGAGUCCCUUAGAAUUUUUUCAAGCUGAGCUACAAGUGGUAGACAUAAAUGACCACUCUCCGGUAUUCCUGGACAAAGAAAUGUUGCUACAAGUAUCAGAGAGCAGUCCUCCUGGGACUACAUUUCCUCUGAAGAAUGCUCAAGACAUGGAUGUAGGCCCAAAUAAUAUUGAGAACUAUAUAAUCAGUCCCAACUCCUAUUUUCGGGUCCUUACCCGGAAACGCAGCGAUGGCAGGAAAUAUCCAGAACUGGUGUUGGACAAAGCUUUGGAUCGCGAGGAGGAACCUGAGCUCAGGUUAACCCUCACAGCACUGGACGGUGGCUCUCCGCCACGGUCUGGCACCGCUCAGGUCUACAUCGAAGUUGUAGAUGUCAAUGACAAUGCUCCUGAAUUUGAGCAGCCUUUCUAUAGGGUGCAGAUCCCUGAAGACAGUCCGAUAGGAUUCCUGGUUGUCACGGUCUCUGCUACGGAUGCAGACAUAGGAAUCAAUGGAGAGAUUUCCUACUCCCUUUUCCAAGCUUCAGAGGAGAUUAGCAACACCUUUACAAUCAAUCCAUUGACAGGAGAAAUUCAGCUAAAAAAACACCUUGAUUUUGAAACAAUUCAGUCCUAUGAAGUCAAUAUCGAGGCAAGAGAUGGUGGAAGCUUUUCUGGAAAAUGCACUGUUCUGAUUCAAGUUAUGGACGUGAACGACCAUGCCCCAGAGCUCACCAUGUCUGCAUUUACGAGUCUGAUACCUGAGAACUUGCCUGAGACUGUGGUUGCAGUUUUCAGUGUUUCAGAUCUUGAUUCGGAAGAAAAUGGGAAAAUAAGUUGCUCUAUUCAGGAUGAUCUACCCUUCUUCCUGAAAUCUUCUCUGGAAAACUUUUACACCCUACUAACAGAGAGACCUCUGGACAGAGAGAGCAGAGCCGAAUACAACAUCACCAUCACAGUCACUGACUUGGGAACACCCAGGCUGCAAACACAGCUCAACAUAACCGUGCUGGUCUCCGACGUCAAUGACAACGCCCCCGCCUUCACCCAAACCUCCUACACCCUGUUCCCUAUAUUCAGUACAUCCAGAAUUUUGCCUCCAGUAUUAAACCAGAAAAUAGUGAAACGCGUGGUGGCGCUGCAGGCUAAGAUAAUGGAAAACAGAAUUGCCUACGCAGCUCCAGUAUCCAGCCAAACCGUUUCGCACCGCCUGGAAGCAAAAGAAGAGCUUUCUCAGCCAGAGCAAAAUCGAGAGUGA